AUGCCUCUUGUACAAUAUUCCGAUUCCGAGUCCGAGCCAGAGUCAGAGUCUAGAGAAUUGCCCCCAUGCAAGAAACCCCGCCAUGAUCCAACUCCAGGGCCAUCGCUGCCGCCCCUGCCUGCAGCGUUCCACGACCUCUAUGCUUCCAGCACACGCGUCAGCGUACAAGAUGACCCCAGUCUUCAUGGCGGUCGAAAACGCGCCAUUCCCCAUGUAGAAGGCAACUGGCCGACGCAUCUAUACCUAGAAUGGUAUCCCGCCAAAGAAGAGCUGUCACUCCUUGCAGAACUCGUUGCUCAUGCCGAGACUUCCCUGAAUCAGAAUGCGCCUACUGUUCAUAGUCUGUUGCAUAGCGAUCUCCAUGCACAGCUGCCGCUCCAUAUCAGCCUGUCUCGGCCGGUGGUUCUCCGCACUGAGCAACGUGCGCCGUUUACCGAGUUGCUGCAAAAAGCCAUCCAUGACUCGCAUAUCUCACCGUUUGAGGUACUACCCGAUUCUCUGGGCUGGGCUUCCAACUACGACAAGACACGCUGGUUCCUUGUCUUGCGUGUCAAGAAGCCGGCGCAUGAUUGUCUGAAUGCUCUGCUGAAUCUAUCAAAUUCCGCCCUUGCUCGCUUUGAUCAGCCACCUCUCUACGCGGUCUCCUCGCAUAUGAGGAACCUAAAACACGCCUUGCCCCGUGGAGAGAAUGGUGCGUCGCUAUCAGAGGACUAUUCUGACUGUUUUCAUAUCUCACUUGCUUGGAGUCUAUCGGGACCUAGUGAGAGCGAUCGCCAGCGGGUUGCUAGUAUAGACCUAAAAGCUUUGCAAGCGAGAACUAUUGCAUUUGAUAGUGUCAAGGCUAAGAUGGGAAAUAACGUGGAUGAUCUCCAAGCCUUCCAUGCCAAGCACUUCCCAGGCAAACCACAGCCCAUCCUCCCACCAGGAAAUGAUCAACUCGCAGAGGACGAUCUCGGAUACUAUCCCGACGGAGUGAAGCGCACACUCACAGACGAGCAGAUCCGCAUCUUCAGACACAGUGAAAUCCACGCGCUGCUGCGACAGAAGCAGUUGCAGAUCGAGAAUGCAGAGUACGAGGCUCGCAUGGCACCCUCAGGGGAUAGCCCACCAGAUGUGAAAAGCCCAACUGAAGAGACCCAGGCUGCUUUUCACAGUCCUGGAUCUCAAACGCAACCACUGGGACGGAAACCCCCCAAGAAACGCGUCGCGGAGGACAUGGACGCUGAACCUCUGGAUUACGGCUCUGAUCAACCUCCAGUGAAGAGGCCGACAGAGCCACGCGUGCCAUACCAGGGUCGCAGGAUCAUCUCCUACGAUGACUGA